AUGGCAAGGAAGUGGAAGAGCAUAGCUUUUACAAGGAGGAAAGGGAUUUCAAUACCAAGAAGCAAAGGUGGUGGUGAGAAUGAAUCCAGUUACGUCACAAAGGGCCAUUUUGUUGUGUACUCUAGUGAUGAGAAACGUUUUGUAAUACCUUUAGGACAUCUUAACAGUGAAAUUUUUCAGGUGCUGUUGAGGUUGUCUGAAGAAGAAUUUGGAUUGACAAAUGAAGGUCCUAUCAGAUUGACAUGUGAUUCUUUGUUAAUGGAGUAUGUUGUCUCAAUCGUUGAGAAAGGUUAA